GAACAGAGGGGCUUAAAUUCUUCGUCCGCAAUGAGCGGCGAAGGCCCUAUUGAAGGGGCUGUUGAGGACUGGAACUACUUUUCCCGACUCUCUCUGCGACUUAGGCGGAAGCGAGAUGGCUGGACUAUAGGAUUAUUGUGGUUCCUUCCAAUUCAAUUAAUCUAUAAUUCUAUCAGGAGAAGAGAGGCAGUAAACAUAAACCAGAAUGUGUGCUUCUAGAUAGCAUUGAGAUGCCUACAAUUCCAUUUCUACCAUAUUCAAUCCUUAUGGGAAAUCUGGGCAUCUUGUGUUUGGGACUUACGGUAUAUUGGAGUCAGCACUUGCUUGGCGGCUUGGCCUGGGAUGGUUCUCAUAAGAUGUUUAAUUGGCACCCAGUUCUCAUGGUGACAGGCAUGGUGGUCUUAUAUGGUGCAGCAGCACUAGUGUACCGUUUGCCCUUAUCCCAUAUGGGUUCCAAGCUCCCUUGGAAGGUGCUGCAUGCAACACUUGCUUUGAUAGCAUUUAUCUCUGCCAUUCUGGGAUUGGAGGCUGUCUUCAAGUUUCACAAUGUGCAGAAGAUCCCCAACAUGUAUUCUCUACAUAGCUGGCUUGGGCUCUCUGCUGUGCUAUUUUUUUCAUGCCAGUGGUUAAUGGGAUUUGUUUCUUUUUUGUGGCCUUGGACGCCCAUCUGGUUCCGAGCCCUCUACAAACCUGUCCAUGUUUUCUUUGGUUCCGUCAUCCUUGUUUUGGCUAUUGCAUCCUGCAUCUCAGGCAUUAAUGAAAAGUUAUUCAUGAAAUUAAAAAAUUCAACAAUACCAUAUUCCAAGCUUCCCCCAGAGGCUUGGUUUGCCAACGUUCUGGGAAUGCUGAUUUUGGUGUUUGGAGUGUUGGUGUUGUUGGGUCUUGCCAUACCAGGAUGGAAACGUCCGGAUGUGAAUUCACAAGACGUUAGACAGGUGAGAUAUUAUGCUAUGAUGAAUUAUAGAAAAUGAAUAUGGUUUUUUAUGUGCUAUGAAAAGUAUUUUUGAAUGCUACAUACACAGAACACACACGCACACGCACACGCACACCCCUUAUAGCAAAACUCAGAUGCGACUACAUUCCAAAGAACUGGGGCAGACACAGUGAAGGCUUUAUUCCAGGUCACCCAUAAGACAAAGGUAGACAAAUCUUCUCAGACAAUCUCAGUUGAAUGGGGGUGGUGUUGGGAAUCAAAUAGAAAGAAGUGUUUUCUCAAUGUGCUUCAACCUCUAAACCACAUUGGGCCUUAAAAGUUGAUACUCUGAACUUUCUAUUUCACCCAAAAAGAAAUACAAAACAGAAUUGGGCAGGGAUUGCAAACUCUUCUGGAGAGAAUUCCAUAGAUAAGAUAUAAACCUGGUAAAGUGAGAAUUAAAUAUUUAAUUGAUCAAUCUUUAUCCUAUGGAUCAUCAAUGUGUAAAUGCUGCUUGGGUAAAAAUUAGUUCUGGCAAUCUAAAAAUUUUAAAGACUAAUAGCUGCAUAAUUUUCAUUUUAUUCUGCUAAUACAUAAACAAAAUGCUAAAAUUAUACCUAUUAAUCUUGUUCUGCCAUAUACAUUUAGCCACCAUUCUGGCUAAUUAGAUGUUAUUGAGUCUAAAUCUAAAGCAUUUAAUUCUCAAACCUGGGACAUUUAGUUCCCAAACCUGAAUUUUCAAAUAAUCAUUAAAUUAUUGAAACAAAACAUUUGCAAUGUAUAUUGUAUAUUUCAGGCAAAAUUUAGGUUUAAAUGGAAUGGGCCAAUUAAACAGAUUGUCAUCUUGAAAACUGAAAGGUGAAUUAAUUACACAACCACUGAAAUAAGAAUUUGUGACUCUGGAUCAGGGUUGUCAAAUUCAUGGCCCACGGGCCGGUUGCGUCACACACUGGCUACGCCCAUACCCGGUUUAAUGAAGGGGAAAAAAGUCCCAAUACGUCAUGUGACACCGCCUUGACACUGCGAGUUUGACACCCCUGCUCUAGAUAAUAAUUAAAGAAUAAUUCCUACCAUUAUUUUUCAGUGUACAUACUGGUUGAAGUUGUCAGAAAUUUUAGCCUAGCAAUACUUAACAACAAUACCACUUAUCAAUCACUCAUAGUUGAAGCCAUUCAUUUCUCAAUACCUAGGCACAACUUUAUUCGAGACUUAGGGCACAGGAACUUUCAUUAUACAGACUGUCUCUCUAUUUUUCUGUAAAAUGAGACAAAUGACUUAAGAUUUCAUGGAAUGCACUCUCAGAAUUUUAACAUGUGAAUACUAAUCUUAAAGAUAACUUAAGCUACCACACCCCUUUCACCAUAGGAAAAUCAUGUUUUAUUGAAUCCAACUUCUGAUUUAC